UAAAAACACCAAUUGAUAUCGAGAAAAAAAAAAUUCCAUGACCGAGAAUUCGGCCGCAGUGCGACUUUCUGCGCGAACGAGAUCGAAAGAUCGCGCGCACACACACACACACACACACACGGUGUUGCACGUGUGACGCGCCAUCGAGAAAAACACGCGAACGCUUGUAAUACGGAAAAUAAGCGUGGAAGAGGGGGAUAUGUGAGAGAUCAUCAUCGCCAUCGGACGGGCAAUAAGGUCGAGAGCAAUUGAACUCUCCCCGGCGUGCGUCCCCGGUGUAUUUCGUUGUCCUCGUCGUUGUCAAUGAGCGAUUCUCAUCGCGCCCGCUCAUCGAUCAUGGAGAGAAAAAGCGGCGGAGAAGCGCGGCCGAACAUCGAGAUCGUGCGCGUCUCGUCCAUCGAGCGCAGCAAGUUCCGGCCGUUGGAUGGAGUGCAGCUGCGCGCCGCUUACACCCACGUGCGAGUCGGCACUUAUUGCCCGCCGGAACCGGAAGCGACCGGCAGACCGAUUGAGAGCAAACCGCCGAUCGAGCAGACGCGACGUUUCAAGAAAAACUUGGGACCAGUGUCAAGACUGCUGAGACGUCGUCAUCACGCGACAUACCUUGCCACCAAAUCCUGUGAUAACAUUUAUAGCGUGAAUAAAAAUAGUAAUUCCCUGGACUGGAGGGUCGAGCCGGGAGCCAACGAGUCAGAUCUGCAAGCCAGACAGAGCAGCAGUCUGGACUGGCGGGUCGGAAGAUCCGUCACUUUCGGCUCGAACCGGUUGCGGGACGCGACGCGAAGCGCCGAGCAACUUUCCAGGAGCGCGCCUCUCACCUCCGAUCAUCUUCAAACACCGAGCACGAGAUCGAGACUCGUGUCGUUACUGAGACGACUCUCCCCGCGUCUGUCCCGGCCCGGAAGCAAGGGCUCGCUGCAAUCGUCCCCGACGAUCUGUCCCUGGGUCCAGGUCGAGUACUCGACGGAAUCCAUCGAGAGCGGUAAGCGAGAGGAGUUGCAGGAAAGCGACGUCAGUUUCCAGCAGGAAUUGCAACUGAACGAGCUGCGGAAACGAAUGGCCGGGAUCGCCUCCACGUCACAGAUUACGGCGAGGAACGCCACCAGGGAUGGCGCAGCGGAACUGCGAAACGUGCCACGACCCAGGAUCCAAGUGCAGGAACCUGAAACCGAUUGCGACUACGAUCACAGAACUGUGCACGAGGACCGCGUGGACGAGGAUCGGCGGGCGAGCGGACAGUCCUCGCGCGGGGGUGGCGAGGUGGCGGGUCUGGACGACGUCGACGACUCCUGCGCGGCGACGGUGACGUCGUCGGUACCUGGAGCCGGCGGUAUCCGCUCGCACCGACGCGCUAGACCGCUCUCGCUAGCCGUGCAGCCUCUCAACUACCACCGUCUGGACCCGGAUCACAAAUCAGCCGGCGCGGCGAUCGGCGCCAGGUAUCAUCCCAACAUGACUAGCCAGGAGAGCAUCGGCAGCUGCAGUCUGGACAUCGACCGCUCCGCGUCCGACCGAUCAGAGAACACCGUGGACUCAAUAUCCGAAAAGACAUUGCACAGUCUGAAUCUGUCGUGCAACGGCGAACCGGUGUCGUCACCCGAGAACUUGGCGAACGGCAGCAACGAGACGUUGCAGAAGUCGCACCUCACCCCCGAUGAGAAAACGCUGAACGUCAGCAAUGCUUAUCGCGUCAGUCCGGAGCCAGAACAGCUGACGGCAGCAAAGAAGCCUAGUUAUCUGGGAUUGGCGUGUAGCAUAAGCGGCUACUCGGGCAUCACUAGAUACGACAGCAAACUGAGGGAAGGAUUCCGUUCGAGAGACAGCAGUCCGGGCACGCGUCUGAUCACGAGGGACACGAGUCCUGCAGGUUUCCGAUCCAACGAGAAUCUCAUCGUUCCGACAUCUCAUCAUCCGCCUAAGAGUCAGUCGAUAUCGCCUCUAGCGAUGGACAGGCAGAACGGGUUCACGAACGGCAUGAAGGACGAGUGCAAAGUCGAGACGUACGUGGGGAACAGAAGCUCGAUUAGCAUGUGUCACCAGGGCUAUUCGGAAGUUGAUAAGGGAGUGCCGUUGCAAACGACGUUUCCCGAUCUCAGCCCCAUCAGGAUAAGCCCUCCUAACAAACUCAGCCCCGGGCUCUCGCCGAUAAUGUCCUGCGGUCAACAGAACAAGUCAUUCGGUUCGAGUUUCUCUUCUCCGAAACAAGUUUCAAGUACAUCAUUUAGUGAUAACAGUAUUUUGAACGGAUCGUCGUCGAUGGAGGUGGAAAGUCAGAUAUUGAACACCUCGUCGAGCAGCGAGAAAUCCUUUAUUCAGCAACGAGUCGAGCGGCUCUACGGCCCGGGGGCUCUGGCGCAAGGCUUCUUUUUCAAACGCAUCACCAAGCUUAGCACUAGUGAGAAUAAAUCCAGUAAAACUAAUGUAAUCUCGCAAGACAACGCGAAUAUCGAAGAGUCGUUGAAAAAUCUGCCUGUUCUUCGACAUCUGCGCCCGGAAUUUCGAGCACAGCUGCCCGUAGUCAGUAGUAGAAAACCCACGGACGGUUCCGAACAAAUACUAAAGCCUCUACAAAGGAUAAUACCGGUGACACAGAAGACUGAGCAAAAGACCCCCGCAACUACGAAUUCAAAAAGUAGCGUAACGAGAAUAAUUCCCAUCACCGUAGAAGACGACGUACCAAAGCGCGAGGCUAAUAGCAAAAGUAUGCCCGAUCAGCAGCCAGCUGCGCCGAAAGUGGUGUUACCCGUGCUGGAACCUAGCGCUAGUUCAACAAACAUACUGAAACAAGCUCAAGAAGCGGAACAGGUGGAAGAGAAAGACGGCCAUUACUUUAUGAAGUUGUUGAAACAAGAAACGGACAGACUGCUCUCAUUGGCCGCGUCUGCGGAAGCCGAAUUAGCCAGCGGCGACACCGUUGCACUGCCAGAAGAAGCGGCUGGUAAAUUGAGAUCAGCCGCGGGAAAAGCCAGACUGUUAACUUCGCAGAAAAUGCAGCAGUUCGAAGGAUUGUGUCAGAAGAACAUCAAUCAGGUACCAGGUGAGGAAUUUCCGACGACAAAUGAGGACCUGGCCGGUUUCUGGGACAUGGUGAUGCUGCAGGUCGUACAAGUAAACGAACUCUUCGAUCAGAUAGAAAAGCUGAGAAAGUCUCAAUGGCAAGAGGUCGUGCCGGAUAAGAAAGCCGCGUCGACUUCGCAACAGAACGGUAAACGUCGAGUUAUAUCAGUUCACAAAGCGAAACCGACCACGAACAGUGAGGCGAACAAAAAGGCGCGCGAGGCGAGGGAACAGGCGCGACGACAGAUGAUUGAGGAGCGGAGACGAGCGAUGCGCUCCAAUGCGCAGAAGGUCGACAACUCUGUUGAGAUCUUCGCUCCCGAGACGUAACAACAACAAACCGUUGCGCGUUGAAUGAGCGAUACGGUCAAUUAGCAUCGGAGUUGCUGACAAAAAUAAAAUAUAAAAAAAAAAUAUAUAUAUAUAUAUAUAUAGAUAAAUAUAUAGGCUCGAAAGAUCGAAAACGAGCUGUCGAAGUCGAUCAUUUUCAAUCAAGCUUCAACAAAAAUCCGCUUGUUACAACUAUUAUUCACGAUAUCUCGUGUCUAUACGAAUCGUUCGCGACUUAUACGCAGCGAAGAACGAGAAAGUAUUAAAACAAAGGUAUGUGGUAUAUGUGUGUGUUAAAGUUGCUGAAAAAAAUUUAAUAUUACUACAGAUAAAAAACGAAGAAGAUAUACGAGUUGGCGAGAACGGGCAGUAGUUUACGUUUCGCGGGAGUCUCUCUCAUUUUCUUUUUUUGAUUUUUUAAUCGAGUUUCGUCGAGUGCAUGUUAUACACUAUAAGAAUUAACGCAAUAAUUGCAUUACGACGACGUGUCGCUUUUCGUCCGUAAAAGAUAUUUUGUAAAGAAGUAUCGUUAGGGGUACAUAAAUAUUAUAUAUAUAUAUAUUAUAUUAUAUAUAUAUAUAUAUAUCUAUUAUAGAGCAUUUUUUCAAAUUGAUGAAUAUUAUUAAUUUAUGCAAGUGAUUGCAAUCAUGCGGGAAAGAAUAUUAUAGGUGACUGCGGAACGUUCUUUCGGGAGCAUUUCAAUUCUAUUGAAAAUAGUCGCCGUUUGAAAAUGUGUGUCCAGGUUAAGGAUAGAAAAGAAUAUCAACAAUAUUUAACAACUGUAAUAUACUUGCGUAAUGAUUUUGAUAUAUAUAUACAUAUAUAUAUAUAUAUGUAUGUAUAUAUAGUGAUUUUUUUAUCGCGCUACUAAUGGCAUCAUUACCGGUAGUUUCGAAGAUCAUUUGAUCAUUCUCGCAAUUUUCUCGCGAUUUUCCUUAACCUAGACAAGUAGUUCGUUAUAUUUUAGCUUACGUAUGUAAAUAGAGUUAAUGAAUUAUUCAAUAUCUCUGCACAAGGCCGAAUCUAUGCCGAGUGUUUGCCUAAUAGCUUUUUUUUAUCGGAUAUGUCGAUACAAUUUCCCUCCUCGUCGAGAGAUACACAGGUGAGAGUAAAAAGAUUCCUAUUAUUCUUAUUAUUCUUAUCGCUACGUCUCUCACACAUACAUACACACACGCGAACACACACUGCGAUGAACAUCGUUAUUUUAUUCGAGUCGUAUUUUGUUGUAAUUACGCGCAGUUGUUGAACAACAACUGCGCGUAAUUACAAACAAGCUUAGCGUGUUUCGCACAAAACGCGAGACGCGCUAAAUUUAAUUAAUUUCGCUCUCUUCGGUACGUUUCUUCGCGCAAAAGAUUCGAACAAGCCUCGGAAGUAUCCGAUGGUUGAUAUUUUGUGUUUUAUUUUUACUCGCAAGAGUGACGAUUCGCGUUCUAAUCGUCAAAUGUUGCGUACAAUUCGAUAUGCUUGUGGGGGAAAAAGAGAGAUAUAUCGAGUGCGGACGCGUAACACACAAGUGCGUUGACACCGCAUAAUAUCUCGAUGGUCGCGACGCGUUUACGAAUUCGACGUCAAGUUAAUUCACACAUCCGUCGAAGUUCAACAUUCCCGCGAUAAGAAAUCGUUUCUCGUCACAGCAUUGCUAAUCUCUUUUUCUUUUUUUUUGUUUUUUUUUUCGCGUAAGUUUACAACUCUAGCGUUACUCUCUUUAGUAUCCGAUCGAUGGUCAGCGGUUCUAACGGCAAGUCAUCAACCAAAUAACACUCAUUACUCUUAAGUACACGAUCACACGUAUACACA